AUAAAACUGGAAAAAGAAUGUUUGUUGACGAAUGGCGCGAGACUAGCUCUCCAGUCGCUUGCCCUCAUAUUGCCUGCAUGCCUACCUCCAUGCGAACUGAAUGAAUAGCCGUAAAGCUCCAAGAAAGGAGCAGAAAACUAGCUUGCUUGCAGUAAGGUCGACGGCGGCUUUCCAUUAGCAGCCCGAUGUCAUCUGCCAUCCCCAUCCGCCGCAGUGGGCUCGGCAGCCACCCCCUUCAUUUUCGACUCGGAUCUGCAUCCAUUUCUGCUUUCACACUGAUCACACUGCUCUCCGCGGUCCUCUUGUUUUUUCUAUUCAUUCAUAUGGCGAUAAACGGCAUAGCAUCACGGACUCGAACAAUUGCGGGGCACAAUCUAGAGGCCACACCCUGGCAUCCAUUCAACCUCCACGAUCGCCACCUCGAAGCCUCUGCCUCCCUUAUCCUGCGCUGUUCCUACCUCUCCUGUCUCCGCCGCUCUCAUGCGAGCAAAAUCUCAUCCCACUCGUCGCCGCCGUCAGCGUGCCCCGCGUUCUUCCGCUCUAUUCACAGCGAUCUCGAGCCCUGGCGUCGCUCUGGAAUUUCUCGCGCUGCUCUUGCAGAGGCCGGAAAGCGCGCGGCAAUGCGGGUCGUGAUCCUCGGCAGCAAUCGCCUCUACAUCGACCUCUACUACUCGUGCGUGCAGAGCCGGGCCAUGUUCACCGUCUGGGGCCUGCUGCAGCUCCUUGAAAGGUACCCCGGGAUGGUCCCCGACAUCGAUCUAGUGUUCGAUUGCAUGGAUCGCCCUGCAAUUAACCGGACGGAAUACGAUCCCACGGCCACCGGAAAGCCGCCGCCGCCUCUCUUUCGCUACUGCACAACAAAGGAACAUUUUGAUAUUCCGUUUCCAGAUUGGUCUUUCUGGGGCUGGUCUGAGGUUAAUAUCAAACCAUGGGAUGAACAGUUCAGAGAGAUCAAGCAUGGGUCUCAAGUGCUUCCAUGGAAGAUGAAAGAAGACAUAGCAUAUUGGAAGGGUAAUCCAGAUGUUCAAUCACAAAUACGGAUGGAAUUACUGAAGUGCAAUGACACUAAGCAAUGGAAAGCCCAAAUCAUGCAUCAAGACUGGGUAAAAGAAUCGAACUCUGGCUUUAAAAAUUCCAAACUUUCAGACCAGUGCAAGCACCGUUACGAAAUCUACGCCGAAGGUUUUGCAUGGUCAGUGAGUCUGAAGUACAUUCUUUCUUGUGGAUCUGUUUCACUGAUUAUAGAUCCGCAGUAUGAGGACUUCUUCAGCCGCGGCCUCAUUGCUAGUGAGAACUAUAUACCCAUCAAUUGCACGAGCUUAUGUCCCUCUAUAAUGUCUGCAGUGGACUGGGGAAACAAUCAUCCAUCUAUUGCUGAGGCUAUAGGAAUAAAGGGGCAGAGAUUAAUGGAGGACCUGAGCAUGGAUCGGGUGUAUGACUAUAUGUUUCACCUUAUCAUGGAGUAUUCAAAACUGCAAGAUUUUAAGCCAGCUCCACCCCCAUCUGCUCUUGAGGUAUGUAUGAAUGCCAUCCUUUGCUUGGCAGAUCAGAAACAGAGAGAACUACUUGAAAAAUCGUCAAGUUCACCUUCGACCACUGCACCUUGCAUUCUAUCACAUGUGGAAGAUUAUAAUGGGGCGAAAGACAGAGUUUUGGAGAAAAUGGAGCAAAAAUAGUACAAUUUUCGAGCAAGAAAGAAAAUUCUGAUCUAACACAUUUUAUUGAAGCAAAAUUAGAGCAAAAAUAGUGCAAUUUUUUAGCAGGAAAGAAAAUUAUGAUCUAACACAUUUUGUUGGAGAAAAUUGGAAUGAAACAAAAAAAAAGGGCGCCAAGGAGCCUAAUUUGGAGUCCAGGUGCCCGAACUGGCGCCCAGACACCCGAAUCAGACUCCUAGGCGCCAGUAACUGUUCCAGAUGGUUUUUGCUCAAUUUUUGGUGUUAAAAGUCAAUUUUAUUCACUUGUGAAGGCACCUUUUGGCAUUUAAAAGUCUUGGAAACUCUAAGAUCGUCCAGAAGUCGUAGAUAGGAGUAGGAAUGUAGACUUCUAUCUUUUCUAGAGAGAUUGGUGAGAGAUUUUGUGAGAUAUGUGUAAGGAAAUGUUUGAGCAUUGCAUGGAUCGUUAAGAGACUUUUUUUGGAGGGAUUUUCAUCUUUCUU